GGAAUGUCCUGUUAUCCGGAACCUGAGAUCAACUUCUGUACGCUAUUCUCCACACCCGCCCUCCCCAGCUCUGGCAGUGGCGGUCGAGACGCCCUGGCAUAGAGUAGGUAGUAGGGCGCCACGCCGCCAGUACGCCACAGUGAAUUGCCCUCGUCUGCUGCGACCACCUCGAGGAGUCGGUGGCUUGAGAAGGCAUGGCCCGUGACCUGUCAGAAGAGGAAGAGGAUGCGCAGCAAUUGAAACUGGGGGGUGGGUUUCAGCGCGCGCAAUGCCUUUUAAAUGCGGAAGUGAUUGGCAUUCUGGAGCAACGACAGCAUCUAGAGGAGAAUAACAACCAGGAGUUCACCCCCACCCCUGUCUUUGACAAGUCACUGGAGUACGCAAAGCGCUUCCGGAAGUACAACAAUCUGGCGGCAGCAACUGAGGCUAGGAAAGAGCUCAUGAACAGGAACCUGGAGCAGUUCGAGAUUUGUGUGAUCGGCAACCUCUGCCCAGUCUCAGCUGCUGAGGCCAAAGCUAUUCAAGCAUCGCUGCCGGAUCCCUAUCGGAAGGACAAAGAGGGUCAUCCGGACCCACUGAGCGAGGACGACAUCGAAAAGUUGCUGACUGAUAUAGCGCACAUCAGGCGCUUCAACAACUAGGUCGAUGUCGGAUACAAUUUUCGAUUUGGGCUUCGCACAAGGCCCUGCAGGUUGAGUGUCCCAAGCAGCGGCUUUGAUGGACGCAAGAGCUAGAUACCCAGGCUUCACUAAGCAAUGACACGUAGAUGUAGCGCACGCACAUAUGUCAAACUCACCUCUUGUGUGAGGAUCGUUGGAAUAUUUGCAUUCGAGCUUGAGGUGUUGUUACUGAGUCAGUGUCGGAAAUGAACUGAACUUCGUCUUUCAAAUCUACUGUAAUGAUGAGCGCGUCCAGAGCUAGAUAUCGCCUGUAAGCUCCGCGUGUGCACAUGCAAC